GGUUCAUUGUAUGCAUUUGUAUUCGACUGAAAACAAUAUUUUUAAUUAUUAAUUUUAUUUUCAAAUUCGUAAAACCAAAAGGAAGAUACACUUUUCAGGCAUGAUAUUCCAAAUAGCUAAAUUACGUCGUUUAAGGCUGCAAACAAUUGCUGUUAUAUGUUUCAUUGUAAUUCUCUUGAAUGGGAUUAUUUUGUUUGAUAAACAAAAUUACUACUGUGCUAAGAAACAAGAGCUAAAAACCUUACAGAAGACUAAUGUGAUUAGAGACACAUUGAUUGAAAAUCCAAAUCCAUACCCAGAGCCAGCGAUUUCAGCUCUACAGGAUAAAAUCAACAAUCACAAAUCAAAUCCAUACAAACAAGCAGUCAGUUCGAACGUAUACAUGUAUUCUGCAAUUUUGAUAGAAGAUAUAACACAUGAAUUUGAUGGGAGAGGAAAAGUUGUAAUAGUUAACGGAUGGGAAAAGAAAGUGUUACUAGACAAGAUUAAUUUCACAUGUUGUUUCUUCAGAGAAGACAACACACAGUUUUACAUAAACUCAACAAGGAAAAGAGCAACCUUUUUAAAUAGGGGACUACUUCAUUCUGUUCAGUAUAUGUGUCCAGUGAAUGUUUCCUCUAUCAGGAAAGUGUCUGUAUCUGAAGGACCACAACAUUGUUCGGGACAUGAGGAAUAUUACAUAAAGAUUGAAGUUCCGGUGAAAAAUGAAUCAGGAUUAGCUGUCUGUAGUAAAAUUAGUUAUGGGAAUAUGGAUGCUAAGGUGAUUUUGGAGUGGUUUGAGGUCCAACGGUUACUCGGUGUCGACAAAGUACUUACAUACACUUAUAAACUAAAUAUGCAAGCAAUGCUUGUUUUAGAAUAUUAUGAGUCUAUUGGUUAUGCAGAAAUUAUUCGAGACUUCGAUUUUCCGCAAAAAGAAGAAAUCCCGCGAGCCGCCGGAGACACAUCGUACCCCGCCUGGGUUGAUCUACAAGUUAUUAUGCAUGACUGUCAGUCCCGUUUGUAUGGCUACAAAUAUGUUGCAGUACUUGACAAGGAUGAAUUGUUUGUACCAAAUGUUACAAAGUAUGGGUUCUCAUUGAAACAGAUGUUAAAUAAAAUCUUCGAAAAUAAUUUGGCAGGAGUACAGCCUUUGGUCAAGAUGCAUAUUACAUCGUGGAAACCUAGCAAUGAAUCGAGUGAACUUUUUCUAGGGAAAUAUUUACUAAGCACAGCACCAGUGAACGACAGAUUAAAAUUUAUAUAUAUGCCAAGUCGAACAAAAUAUGGAUCAGUUGAAGUCCACACGAUAAGACCAGUUGGAAAAUAUAAAAGAUCAAUCUUUCCAGUGACACAACUCGUCCUUCAUCACUAUAGAAAGUGUAGAACAGAUUAUCCAUUCUUAAAGAAUAUCAAUGAAAACGAGCGAAAAAGUCUGUUUAAAUACAAUUCUACAGAUAACAAGUGUUUUGAGUUCAAAACAUAUUACCAACAGAACAUGGAACUUAUUAUAGGAAAAAUAAGAACACGUGUGUUAGAAUUACAGAGAAAACUUCUCUGUCUAAGAAAAUAAUGGCUUAGCAAUUACAGACACUAAAAAGUUUCGCCUGGGAAAAAAUCUUACAUGCUUACAGUGUUUAGUGGUGUAUCACACUUACACCGUCCGUCAAACACCAUUAACCUUUACACCAUACACUAUUGCCCAUACAUCAUGCAUCUUACACUACUGCCCAUACUCCAUGUACUAUACACUAUUCUCCCUUACCUUUCCCGUUUAAACAUACAAGAUACAUUUGCAUUAUUACAAAUGUCAACAUAUCGUUUAUAAAACAAACCAUGUACCACAAACCAUUAUACAAUACGAGUUUUAUAGGUAAGUUUACAAUUAAAUCGCUGUGAUAAGUGAGAAAUGGUCCCUUAUGAAAAUUGAUGUAUGUUUUCACUUUUUCUAAUUUAAGAUAUUGUCCUUGACCUUCUGACUUUCUAUUGGUUUUAGUGACUAAAGCCCGUAAAUAAAUCUUCCGGCUUGAUAUUUAAAUUUUAUUACAAUAUUCAAAAUUUAUAGAUUGUGUUUUUAAGAACUUACUUCACAAAUGACAAAAAAGAACACAGAAAUUAAAUUGAUAAUAAAAAUUGCCAUAUAAAAAUAAGGAGAUGUGGUACAUGUAUGAUUGCCAAUGAAACAACUAUCGACCAAAGUUCAAAUGAUGUGCAUGUAAGCAUUUAUAGGCAACCGUACUGCCUUCAACAAUAAAAAAAACAAUACCGUAAAGUCGUCUAUAAAAGGCCCCGACUUGGAAAAUAUGAAACAAUUCAACUGAGAAAACUAACGGCCUAAUGUAUAACAAAACAAUUUACGAUAUCAAAUAUGACAGACAUGAACCAACGACAAUCACUGAACUACAGGCUCCUGACAGGCACAUAAUGGAUGUGACGGGUUAAACAUGUUUGUGAGCGCUCAACCCUUCCCUUACCUGGGACAGUGGUGUAACAGUACAACAAAAGAACAAACUAUAAAAACCAGUUGAAAAAGGCUUAACUCAUAAUAUAGAUACAAACAGAAAUACAUCUAACAAAAACACAGAGUGGACGUGGACGGGUACUUAUACUUCCCAAAAACAAAAAGACACUAAGUACAGAUCUGAGAGCACUCGCAGUAACUGACAGCUAGUUUAAAGCCAAUAACAACUAAUGAAAAAAAUCAUGUAUUUAAGACUAAAAUAUCAAUUAGUAAACAUCAAACAUCCAAUGGAUAGGUGUAAAUAUGUCAUUAACAGUCAGAGAAACACAUGACCUUGUACAAUGUCAAACUAUACGUAUCGACAGAUUGUAGUACCGUGAAAGUACAUAUGUGUAAUAUUUAGUAUAGUUUUAAUUUACUGAU